GAAGCAGACUUGAUUGAGAUUGACAGGUUUGAGAAAGAUGCUCUGUGUGAAAAUGAGGCUGAGGAUGGUUUAGAUGUUCUGUCAUGUGAUGGUGAAGAACCAGAGAACAGACCUGAAGAACAGCAGGAAGGUGACAUGCCCAAUGGUGGCUUUGCUCUGGAAUCUUGUCUUCAGCCUCCUAAUGUAGCAGAGGAAAUCAUGUCUUUCAGUGAAGGAAUCUACUGUGUUGCUCCUGCUGAGAGAAACAGUCCAGUUGGCUUUUUUAAGACCCCUAAACUUGAGGCCAUGGCUUUCCCUGUACAGUUUCCUACAGGUCAAAACACCCUGGAUGAGAGCAGACGUGUCAAACUAUCACCCAGCAGUUACUUCAAAUCCAGACUUUUCUCCAUUGAUGACAGAUUUGCCAGAGACUCAAAUUAUUUGUUCUUUGCACAGUUUGUGAUUGAGGUUCACCUGGCUACCAACAGCAUGACCAUCCAGUUGAGAAAAGGCAAACCCAUGACCAGAGAUGGACGAAAAAUAACCUCAGGGAUGCUGCAAGACAGACGUGAAGUAGAGAAACUAGUGAGAAACCGCGAGGCUUUUCGCUUCAUGAGAGCAUUACGUGGUACUCCGGCCUACUGGCACCAGAAAACCAGUGAACUGUUUGCCAUGAUAAGACAGCUGGGCACUCCCACCUUCUUUUGCACGUUUUCAGCUGCUGAGAUGCGAUGGCCUGAAGUGAUUGAAGCAAUCAAGAGACAACAAGGUGAGGAUGUGAAUUUUGAAGAGCUUGACUGGUCAGAAAAAUGUGACAUCCUGAGAAGUAAUCCUGUGACAGCAAUGCGCAUGUUUGAUAAGCGAGUGGAGGCCUUAUUCAGAGAUUUGCUGCUUUCGCCUGCUCAGCCACUGGGUAAAGUUGUGGACUUCUUUUAUCGAGUGGAGUUUCAGCACAGAGGAAGUCCUCACAUUCACUGCCUGCUCUGGGUUGAAGGUGCCCCUGUGUUUGAAAAGGAUGAUGAUCAGACUGUGUGUGAUUUUGUGUCCAGAUACAUCACAGCUCAGCUCCCUGACCCUCACACUCAACCUGACCUGCACAAGAAAGUCAGUGAAGUCCAGAAACACAGUCGUACACACACCAAGACAUGUUUCAAAAGUGUUGGCUCUGGGUGCCGUUUCGGGUUUCCCAAACCUCCCUGCAGAAACGUAAUGAUCACGAGACCUGAUGGUGGUAAAUAUACUGCAACUGCAAAGACUAAGCUGAGACCUCUGAACAGAUUCCUGAAUGAACCUGAAGCAGCUUCCAUGAGUUUAGAUCAGCUUCUGGCUCAGUGUGAUUUAACCGUGGCUGAAUAUGAGUUCUACCUGAAUGAACUGAACAAAUCCAGUGCUGUCCUGCUGAAGCGAGAUCCAAAGGAUUGCUGGAUCAAUGCCUACAAUCCACACCUGCUCACAGCCUGGGAUGCCAACAUCGACGUGUCCUACAUCCUGAAUGCUUAUGGCUGUAUUCAUUAUCUGACCAAGUACAUCACCAAGAAGGAAGCUGGACUCUCAGAGUACCUGAAAACAGUGAUCAAUAACUCCAACAGCAGCAACGUGAAUGACAGUGAGGAGAUGAAAGCAGUCAUGCAGGCCUACUCCAAGAAACGAGAAAUCAGUGCACAAGAAUGUGUUGCCAGAGCGUGUGGACUGAAGAUGAAGAAGUGUUCCCGAGCUGUAGUUUUCAUACCAACAGAUGAGAACCCUCUGAGAAUGAGUCGCCCUCUGUCUUUCCUUGAGAACACCACUGAUGAAUGUACAAACAUCUGGAUGACAUCUUUGGCAGAUAAGUAUAAGAACAGACCAGAAACGCCAGAGUUUGAGGAAAUGUGCAUGGCUGAGUUUGCUGCCACCUGCAGGUUUGUCCGUGAGAGCAAAGGAACAGAUGUGUUUCCACUGCUGAAUGACAUGGGCUUUGUACAGAGGAGGAAGAACGAUAAGCCAGCUGUGAUCAGAUAUUACCGCUGCUCAGAGGAAAGAGAUUCUGAGAACUUCCAUGGCAGAUUACUGAAGCUGUACCUUCCACAUCGAUCAGAUGAGGAUCUAAAGAGAUCAGGCUUUCCAACCUACCAGAGCUUUUACAGAGCCGGCUGGGUGCAGCUGCCAGGCUGGAACCACGGCCGGUCAGUGGAAGUGAUCGUCAAACAGAACAGAGAAAAAUAUGAGAAAAACAGUGAAGAGAUUGAGAAAGCUGUUGAAGAGUUUCAAGAGAAUCAAGGUGUGAUGGAUGAGUGGUGUAACCUUGCUCCUCAGUCUGAAGUUGUGAGACUGGACUACGAUGAUGAUGCAGAACAACCACAUCCUGAUGAUCCUGAGCAGGAAAAUGUCCCUGAGUACAGCCGUCAAGUUGAUGCAGUCAGUGAAGCCAGAGUGACCAGAGAGCCUCCUGUGAUCGACCCAGCUGUGUUAAGACACAUGUAUCAGAGUCUCAACCUAAAGCAGGCUGGUUUCUUUUACACUGUGAGAGAAUGGUGCAUUCACAGAGUCUGUGGCCUUCGUCCAGAGCAGUUCUUCUAUUACAUUAAUGGAGGUGCUGGGACAGGUAAAUCCCAUCUCAUCAAAUGUAUUCACUCAGAAGCAUCGAAGAUCCUGAGAAAUGUUCCACGACAUUGUGACGAGGUUGACAUCAGUAAGCCUACUGUCCUGCUGACGGCUUUCACUGGAACAGCAGCGUUUAACAUUUCAGGUUCAACUCUCCAUUCACUGCUGAAGCUUCCCAGAAGUCUCAAACCUCCAAUCCAAGGUCUUGGUAACAAGCUGGAUGAAGUCAGAGCAGAGUUCCUCAACACUGAAAUCCUGAUCAUUGACGAGGUGUCCAUGGUUUCCAGGCCGUUGUUUGUCUACGUUGAUGCUCGACUAAAGCAGAUCAAAGGCAGUCAGAGACCUUUUGGAGGAGUUUCUGUCAUUGCUGUUGGAGAUUUUUAUCAACUUCCUCCAGUGAGGCAUUCCACUCCUCUGUGUGUGUUUGACCCCUCUGAAAUCGACUUGUGGCACGAGCACUUCCAGAUGAUCACUCUGACUGAGAUCAUGCGGCAGAAAGAUGAUGUUGCUUUUGCAGAGAUGCUGAACAGGAUCCGAGUCAAAGACAAGUCUGCUGAGUUGUCUGAAGCUGACAGAGCUUUGAUUUAUCAGACUGUAACAGAACCAGCUCUUUGUCCAACUGAUGUCCUGCACAUCUAUGCUACAAACAAACAGGUGGAUGCACACAACUCUGCAAGGCUGGCUGAACUGUUUGACAACAUAAUCACCAUUGAUGCAGAUGACUUCGAGAAAGAUCCUCAGACUGGCAGAAUGACACGGAAACAAACACCAAUCAAAGGAGGCAGAAAUGAGCUACCAGACUCUCUACAGGUUGCUGAGGGCGUUCGAGUCAUGCUGACCAGAAACAUUGAUGUGCAAAGUGGUCUUGUCAAUGGAAGUUUUGGCACUCUGGUGCGGUGCGUCUCAGAAAAUGAUCAUGUCACUAAGCUGGGUCUCCGAAUGGACAGCCAUGUGUCUUCAGAGCAAAAUGAUGAUGUGGUUUAUAUUCAGAGAGAGGAAGACAACCUGAAGCAGAAAGGUGUGGUGCGCAGACAGUUCCCCAUCAAGCUGGCUUUUGCAUGUACCAUCCACAAGGUCCAGGGAAUGAGUAUGCAGUCUGCUGUGGUGUCACUGAAGAACAUCUUUGAACCUGGGAUGGCUUAUGUUGCUGUGAGCAGAGUCACUUCCCUCGGUGGACUCUACAUUGUAGACAUGGAUGAGAGUAAGUUCUACGCCAGUCAACAGAUCACUGCAGCCCUGGAGAGCAUGAGACAAGCCAGUCCAGCUGAGAUGAUGCCCCUUCUACAGAUGAGAGAAACCCUGAGCAGACCUGAUACCCUGACCAUCAUCCACCAUAACACUGAGGGAUUACCGGCUCACAUCAAUGACAUCAAGAACCACCAUGAAAUGUGUUUGGCUGACAUCCUGUGUCUAACUGAAACCCAUCUGCAGGGCUCCUUUGUUGCAGACAGUCUUCAGUUACCAGGCUACAACCUGUUCAGACGUAACAGACACCUGUCCUACAGCAACUUCCCUCAGAUUGCCAGCAGAGGUGGUGGAGGAGUAGCCAUCUAUGUGAGAAACCACAUCCAAGCUCGAGAGAAGCAGUAUCUGCUGAAUGUCACUGAUCUUGAGUUUGUGGCCUUGAAGCUUGAUGCUCCAGUGAGUGCUAUCAUCGCAGCAGUGUACAGACCUCCUAACUAUGACAUGACUUCUUUCCUGGCUAAUCUCAGCAGCCUUCUGGACUCUCUGGAGAUUCUCGACUGUCAGCCCAUCAUUGUCUGUGGAGACUUUAAUGAAAACCUUUCAUCCACAGCCAAGAAGCCCAUUCUGGAGCUGUUUCAGACCAGAGGUUACGCUCAACUCAUCACUGCUUCCACCACAGAGAAGAACACACUGCUGGACCUGAUUUUCAUUUCACAGCCCGACCACUGUGUCCAGUCUGGUGUCCUGAGAACAUAUCACAGCUAUCAUGAUCCUGUUUACUGUGUCCUGACUUUCAGCUACGUGUGAAGCAGAGAAAGACUUCGGAUGUCCUUUUUCUUCAUUUCAUUCAAUAACCUGAUCAGUGUUCUAAUCAUUUAUUGUUUUCCAUUCAGACUGUAGGUGCCUGAUGAGGCCUUUGUUAAUUAACAGAACUGAAUCAUGCCUAACUUUUUUAUUUUAUUGUUUCAAUUAUGUGUUUGACAGCAUAUGAAUGAGGUAAGGUAUGUGAAAAACUGUUUUUGAAGAAAUCAUGCUUUUUUUGAAGUGAUUGUUGAAGUGAUUGUUGAAUUAAAUUCCUUAACUGUGAAUAACCUUUUUCUGAUGUUUCAGUUCUGUGUUUGACCAUUCAUGAAUUAGGGAAGGUGUGUGAAAAUCUUCAAAGGUAACUAUGUUUUUCUUGAAGUGAUUAUUGCAUUGAGAUCCCCACUUUCUAAUUGACAAUAUUUAAAUCUAAAGUUCAAUGACUAAAAGACUGUAGGCCUGUGCAUUCAUCAUCUGGGUGGGUCUGGGUCAGGGUUGGUGAAUGCACAGGCCACAACACUCUUCUGGGUCAGAGCUUCAUUCAGUCACAUGCUCUGUGGUGUAACUAACACCUGCCCAGUAGUUUGAAUCCUUCUUCAGUCCCCUUUGAGGACUGGAGCUGGACGACCUCCAGACUGUCCACUGUGGGGUCCUCUGAGUCACCUGUCUGAGCCGUCUCCAAGAGUGCCUGUCAGAUUCACCUGUCAGGUCCUGCAGAGCAUCAGUGUCUUCAGUCCCAGCAUGUCCAUCAGCCAUCAAGCAGUCAUCAGUACUGGACAUGAGAGAGACGUGGACGUCCCUGGUACCACCAGACAUUCUCCAGCGAGUGAGACGGGACGGUGCCUGCCAGCCUUCAUUCUCCCCUGAGAACAGAGGACGUCCUGCUGCUCUGAGGACACUGCUGGAUGUCCAGACCAGACGUCCUCCAGUCAGUCCCCAUGUGUCCUCUCAGCGGAGCUGCAGACACUCUGACUGAACCAAGAGGAACAAACUUCAACUCCAGUCCUGACGUGGGCCUGCACUGCAGCGUCUCGAGGAUGGAGUGUUUCCCUCUGCCCUCCACCUUCACCUCAGAGGAGCCUCCAUGCUGACGGCCUCACUGUAGAGCUGCUGCUGCUGCAAGUCUCUCCUCAUCAAAGUGACGGGACUCUGCAGCGCUGAUGAAGAGGAGGACUGAUUCCUGUUUCCUCCAUCAUGAACAGCUCAACCACACAGCAGGGUUCCGUCUGGGUCUCCUAUUCUCUCUGAACAACAUGGACAAGAGCUGUGAGAGCAGCAGCCGUCCAGCCAAGGACAGAACAAGCUUCAUCUGGAGGAAACAGCAGGUCUGAGCUGCUGGACAUUCAGAACUCAGUCUGGAGGUUGUGAGUUCAAUUCCUGUCUCCCACUGUCUGCAUGUCGAAGUGUCCUUGGGGAAGACACUGAACCCUGAAUUGCCCCCACUGUUGUACGUCGCUUUGGACAAAAGCGUCUGCUCAGUAAAAUUGUGUGAAAAAAGUCUGACUCUUGAAAGACUCAGAAGAGGAAAGCUGUCCUGACUGAUUGAUCUGGGAGGUACGACAAGCCUCUACUGCAUGUUCUUCUUUGUCCCUGAAGCCCAACCGGAAUAGCAGAAAGCCGCCACCUCUGAGCCUGGUUCUGCAAAGGUUUCUUCCUGUUAACAGGGAGUUUUUCCUUUCCACAGUCGCUGAUGCUUGCUCAUGUGGAUCUGUUGGGUUUCAGUUCUGUUUGCUGUCUCUUAAAACAAGACAAAUGGAGACAACUAUGUUCUUUUAUUCAUUGCAAUGUCAGACUGAGCGCUGGUUAACACUAAAUAUAUUAUAUUUUCUGUUGUAAAUGUUUAAGUUUUGAUCUUGUUGAACAGUUAAUAAAAUGUGUAUUUUA